AUGAAGGUACGUGAGCAGUGCCAACUCCGUGAAGAAAGUCUGACUGCUUAUUCACUAGUGAACAGUGCCAUUCGCAUUACUCCCGCCGCCCUGCCCAACACAAAGUUGGGCUUGCACAGUGAACGAGGCCUGCUGUACUGCUCCAAGCCUUGGCAGUCCAUUCCUUGCUUACCAGCAGGUCUUGCUCCUGAGGAUAGACGAUCAUUUCCCGACGAGAAAGAUGAAGCGUAUUGCUCCUUGAUUUGUUUUGCGCUUCAUCGAAUUUGCAUUUACUGUGGUUGGCAUUCACUUGAUCUUAUUGCCUGUGAAUGCUCCGUUCACCUUACAACGACACUGAACACAAGCUUCCAAUCCGCAUAUCCACGACCCUAUACUACAAGCGAAACUCUCAUCACCAUCAGCAUGACCGGUCAGCGAUUCCUCGGGUUUCUCCCGAAGAAGGACAAGAACCCGGCGGAGGUCUUGAAGGAUACUACUAACACCCGACAACUACCUCCCAAUCAGCUAUACAUUCCUGCUACCACCCCAUCGGACUUGACACUUGGCAAAGAGAAUAAUGUACAUUCUCAACAGGCCCCAAGCACGAAGGAACAGAAUCAAGAGGACGAUGGAUUCAUUCGACCAAAGCACCAACAACGGAAGUUCGAUCAGAAAGUCCACGAAGAAAAACUCACCGCGGCUUACGACCAUGAUGCCAAAAUUCGUAAUGGGCAUCGAAACAUGGAUGGUGACUGGGGUCGUGAGCGCGAGAAAACGCAGGGAGCCAAGAAUAUGAUCCAGGAGGCGCAAGUCAAACAUCAGCAGCUGGCCCUAAAGAGAGCGACGCACACUCACAAGCUCAAGCGGAACGAGCAAUCGACGAAAACUUCAUUCAUCGGCAGGUAUGGAACCAAGUCAACCGUCGCAGCACCCCUCAGGACGGCGCUUCAUCAAGUUCUCUUCUCCGACCAAGUACCAGGUUUGAUCGUCCGCCACACCGAUACCUUCCCCUUGCCAGCAGGCUCAACGAAGAAGGAAGGCGAUCCAGGCGUCUGGAAGGAUCGCAACGGUGUGCUCCAAGAAGACAAAGCACGCACUUUCAUCAUCGAUACGCGCCACGUCCGACGCGUCAAGGAGUGUAGAGUCUUGACUCACGGCGACACUGGCCUCGCAAAAGUGCCAAAGAACGAAUGGGUUGAACACCUCAAUUUGAUGCCGUAUAGCGCCAAAGAAGAAGACUAUACGCCGCAGAAUCCUAAUGCUCCGAUUCUAAAAGUCGAGUAUAAGACCGGUAGGGGAGCUUUGGAUCGUAAGACUAUGGUUAUUCGCCUCUCCGAUCCAGUGAUUCGAGACGUCGACUGCGACGACUUAGAGAAGAUUGGUGCUCUCACUGGGGAGAGUCUUAGGGUGCUGCAGGACUCUCUUCGCAAGCUCGAGGAGAAAAUCACCUGGCAGGUGAGCAUGACGGCGUUUGGAGUUUUUGAAUUUCUGGAUUUGGAUAACGCAUAG